AUGUCCAACGAUGGCAAGAUGACCCUCAACCUUCUCUUGCUUGGAAGGACACAGAGUGGGAAAAGUGCCUCAGGAAACACCCUUUUAGGCAGCUUUGAUUUUGCCAGUUACCUGUCUCCCUGUUCAGUCACCACAUCUUGCAGUCGAGGCAACAGCUGUCACAUUUCGGGUCUUGCGCGCCGGAGUGGUAGUAAACUGGCAGUGCAAGUGCGUAUACUGGACACUCCUGGAUAUCCUCACAGUAGCCUGAGCAAAGAGCAGGUACGCCAAGAGGUGAAAAGUGCUUUAGCUCAGCACUUUGGAGAGAAGGGCCUGCACUUGGCACUUUUGGUCCUGAGAGCUGACGUCCCACUUUGUGAAGAGGAAGAUGACUGCACCACCCAGUUAGUCCAGGAACUGCUGGGUCCUAAAUGGAAGGAUUAUACUGCCAUCUUAUUUACUCACGCAGAUCAAGUUGAGAAGGCUAAGCUCAACAGAGAAGAAUAUUUGCGUACUGCCUCAGAUACACUACAAAAACUCAUAAAGUCAGUACAGGGAAAAUACAUUUUUAUAGAUAACCAUGCAACCAUACUGAAAGAGGAGAAUCUAACAGCUUUAAGAAAAAUUAUGGAGUUUCUAAGACAAAACAAUUAUCAAACAAUUGUAUUCAAAUAA